AUGAAGUUGACCAUCACCCCUCGGUCGCCAAAGUCGCGCAGCUUCCCCAUCACCCUCGACUUUGUCGGCAACCCCGCAGAUGUCACUGUUGACGAGGUCCAGACUGCCAUCGCCAAAAAGUUCCCCAAGUACUACCCUGACCGCCAGCGUCUGACCGUCGAGAAGACUGCUCUUGAGAGUGGCAAGACAUUGGCCGACUAUGGCCUCAAGGAUGGCGACUCUGUUGCCUUCAAAGAUCUCGGUCCUCAGAUUAGCUGGCGCACCGUCUUCUUGAUCGAGUAUGGUGGUCCCUUGGUCAUCCACCCCUUGGUCUACUACCUCCCCAAGCUGUUCUAUGGUCAGGCCUUCGAGCACAGCUGGAUGCAGACUGUUGCGUACUGGAUGGUGAUGCUGCACUUCUUGAAGCGUGAGUACGAGACCGUCUUUGUCCACCGCUUCUCCCACGGCACCAUGCCCUUCAGCAACGUCUUCAAGAACAGCGCCCACUACCACUUGUUGUCCGGCCUCAACCUCGCCUACUGGGUCUACGGCCCCUGGAACGCCGCCGGAACAAAGUUGGCCGAGAGGAGCGACGCCCUUGUCUACGGAUGCAUUGCCCUCUACAUCUUUGCCGAGCUUUCCAACUUCAGCACCCACGUCACCCUCCGCAACUUGCGCCCCCCAGGCACCCGUGUCCGCAAGAUCCCCCGCGGUUAUGGUUUUGACCUGGUUUCGUGCCCCAACUACUUUUUCGAGACCUUGUCCUGGUUGGCUGUCUCGGUCUUGACCCUCUCGUGGUCCGCUCACUUGUUCUUUGUCGUCGCCGUCGGUCAGAUGUACAUCUGGGCCGUCAAGAAGCACAAGGGCUACCGCAAGGAAUUCUCUGAUUACCCCCGUGGUCGCAAGUCUAUGUUCCCUUUCAUCGCCUAA